GCAAUACGCAGCACUAUAUACUCAAGCCAUUGAGCAAGCGCAGCCAUGUCAGGCUUCAUAACCACAAUGUUCGUCUCCACUUCUUCUAGUUUCCAUCCCUCGUUCCCUGCGGAGCCCAAGCCCCUCCGGCCCAUCUUCACCUUCGCCCAGAGCCAGAGCUGCAUGAACCUGAGAAUGGACUUGGAUGUACUGGACAGCCAAGAGCGCGGCAUGGCAAAAGAUAUAUGGUCAGACAAGGACGGAUUCAGAAUCAAGAUGGACCUUGCCAGGCCGAAGGAGACGUACCAGAGCCCGCUGCAGAGGAUUGGGCAGGCAUUGCGGAUUCCGCAGGCGGGACCGAACGCGUCAGCAGUUGCGCAUGCCCCUACAUCUCAAGCAGAUAUUUCGGCACAGUCUCAGUUGGACUCCAGCCCGACGCGCGAGACUCCUAAUUAUUCGUACAAGCUCCUGCUCGGCGGCAAAACGUCCCCAGCACUCGACGAACCGACAAAUCAAGCAGCUCUGGGCUCUAAGCUAGACUCUGAUGGAUUUUCGCAAAGCGGUAGCAUCAUUAGCCCAGAGACGAGGGCGAAGAUGCAGAUGGCGCAGAACAGGGGCUACUUUGGGGGCACAAGCUUACUUUCUUCACUCUUUAGCAAUCCGCGAACGCGCGCACCCUUCAAGCCACAGAAGACCAACCGAGGCACGAGCAGCUGGCAGCUCAAGCAGUAUGCAGAGGCUACACUGGGCAGCGGGAGCCUGAGGAAGGCAGUAAAGCUGCCCGAAGGCGAGGACAAGGAUGAGUGGCUGGCUGUCAACAUCGUCGACUUCUACAACCAGAUCAACUUGCUCUACGGAUCGAUUACCGAGUUCUGCUCACCGCAGAGCUGCCCGGAGAUGAAGGCUACAGACGAAUUCGAGUACCUCUGGCAAGACUCCGAGAACUACAAGAAGCCCACCAAAAUGCCCGCCCCUGAAUACAUUGAGCACCUCAUGGCGUGGGUGCAGUCCAAUGUCGACAACGAGACCAUGUUCCCAUCACGCAUCGGCGUCCCCUUUCCCAAGACCUUCCCCUCACUCAUCCGCAACAUGUUCAAGCGCCUGUACCGCGUCUAUGCACACAUCUACUGCCACCACUACCCUGUCAUCAUCGAGCUGGGCCUGGAACCCCAUCUCAAUACGAGCUUCAAGCACUACGUGCUGUUUAUUGAUGAGCACGGCCUGGCGAGCGGGAGUAAGGACUUCUGGGGGCCACUAGGAGACUUGGUAGAGAGUAUGCUUCGCAGUGAUUAGCUGGUGGACGUUAAGUGCAGUGGGAUGCGUUUUCAGAAGUCGAUGUCAUGAGCUGCACUUCCUUAUCGACAUGAGACAGGUUCUACCGGCGUUAUUCGAGACAUUAGGGUUUCUGGCAUGAGCGGGAGGAUAUCACGAGUGUUUAUUUGCCUUUCUGAUGAUGUAUGAGUAGGAAUCAGAAUAAUGACGAUUGAUAGGUUU